AUGGCAACGGCAAUGGCAAAGCGCCUUGAAGGCAAGACAAUCGUUAUUACUGGCGCAUCAUCCGGGAUCGGUAGGAGCACCGCUAAGGAGUUUGCGCGGACCUCACCGAAGUCCCUGAAGCUUAUCGUGACUGCACGACGACUCGACUCUCUGAAGCAGCUGGCCGAGGAGAUCAAGGAGGAGGUCGGCGAUGGUGUCAAGGUACUGCCGGUGAAGUUGGACGUCAGCAACCCUGAAGAGGUCAAGAACUUUGUCCCAUCCCUUCCGGCUGAGUUCCAGGACAUUGAUGUCCUGGUCAACAAUGCUGGCCUCGUCAAGGGUGUAGCCAAGGCCCCCGAAAUCGACCCUGAGGAUAUCAACAUCAUGUUCUCCACCAACGUCACUGGAUUGAUCAACAUGACCCAAGCCAUUCUUCCCAUCUUCAAGAAGCGCACUGAUGGUGGCCGCGGAGACAUUAUCAACAUUGGCAGUAUCGCCGGCCGCGAACCCUACCCUGGUGGUAGUAUCUACUGUUCUACAAAGGCCGCGGUCAAGUCGUUCACCGAUGCCUUGAGAAAGGAGCUUAUUGAUACAAGAAUCCGCAUCAUCGAGAUUGAUCCUGGUCAAGUCGAGACGGAAUUCUCAGUUGUGCGGUUCUAUGGUGACAAGGCCAAGGCCGAUGCAGUCUAUGCUGGAUGCGAACCCCUUACACCGGAUGACAUUGCUGAAGUCAUCGUCUUUGCUGCGGGUCGGCGAGAAAAUGUAGUAAUUGCCGACACUUUGAUUUUCCCAAGUCAUCAGUUUCUUAGAGAGUACAAGCUAGUUGUUGUCGGUGGUGGUGGUGUCGGAAAGUCAUGCUUAACAAUUCAACUGAUUCAGAGUCACUUCGUGGACGAAUACGACCCAACAAUUGAAGACUCGUAUCGCAAGCAGUGUGUCAUCGACGAUGAGGUCGCUUUGUUGGAUGUCUUAGAUACUGCAGGACAGGAGGAGUACUCGGCGAUGCGUGAACAGUACAUGCGAACUGGCGAAGGCUUCCUCCUAGUCUACUCGAUCACAUCUCGACAAUCCUUCGAAGAGAUUAUGACUUUCCAACAACAAAUCCUGCGAGUGAAAGACAAGGACUACUUCCCUAUCAUCGUGGUCGGUAACAAGUGCGAUUUGGAGAAGGAAAGAGCUGUUUCCCAACAAGAGGGCGAGGCUCUGGCCAAGCAAUUCGGUUGCAAGUUCAUUGAGACGUCGGCGAAAUCCCGCAUCAACGUUGAGAACGCUUUCUACGACCUCGUUCGCGAAAUUCGUCGUUACAACAAGGAGAUGUCGUCAUAUCCAUCCGGUUCUGGUGCCGCAGGCACACGUGCCCCAGAAGGCAAGAUGGAUGUGAGUGAGCCAGGCGACAACGCCGGCUGCUGUGGAAAAUGCAUUAUUAUGUAA